AUGGUGCCGGUUCGGAUAUUCAACGGGGACAAGAGCGUUACGAUAGUCGCGUUCCUAGAUGAAGGAUCGUCAUAUUCACUGGUCGACAGUUCGUUGGCUAGGAAGCUGCAAUGCAACGGUACUACUCAGCCGCUACGUAUCUCCUGGACCGCUGGGGUCUCUAGAUUGGAAAAAGAUUCACAGCGAUUACGGUUGACGAUCGCAGCGUGCGGUUCAAACGAAAAAUUCAUUUUGCGAGAUGUGUACACCGUGAACAACCUAAAGUUGCCAGCACAGUCCAUGAGUUUUGCUGACGUGGCCGGAAAAUAUCGACAUUUAGAAGGAUUACCUGUAGCCGAUUAUGCCCCGUCUCCACCGAUGCUUCUGAUUGGGCUCAAACACAUCGAAAUAUUCGCCCCGUUGGAAUCGCGCAUCGGUCAACCAGGCGAACCGAUUGCAGUCCGUUCCAAACUCGGUUGGUCGAUCUACGGGCCACAAGGGUCAAUCACCGGUGAAGGUUUUCUGGGACAACACUCGUGUGCCGGGUUGUCAAACGAAGAGUUGCACGAUCUUCUCAAGUCGCAGUACGCUCUCGAAGAAAAGGGAAUUUCGGUUGAGAUGCUGCCAGAAUCGGAGGAGGACAGAAGGGCACGAGACAUUUUGGAGGAAAGGACAGUUCGUGUCGGCGAAGGCUUUAUGACCGGAUUGCUUUUCAAAGAAGAAAACCCCACGUUUCCGGACAGUCUACCGAUGGCGUUGCGGCGCAUGAAGAGUUUGGAGAAAAAACUGUCAACGAACCCACAAUUGGAAGCGGCAGUAAAGCAACAAAUUGUGCAGUACCUGGAGAAGGGCUACUGUCAUAAAGCGACGAAGGAGGAGUUAAAUUCUGCUGAACCAGAAAAGUGUUGGUACUUGCCGCUGAACGUCGUCGUCAACCCAAAGAAAAAUAAAGUUCGCCUUGUAUGGGACGCGGCGGCGGAAGUAAACGGUGUGUCGCUUAACUCCAAAUUAAUGAAAGGACCGGACUACUUAACGUCGUUACCGUCCGUAAUAGUCAAAUGCCGGGAACAUCUCGUCGGGUUUGGAGGUGACAUCCGCGAGAUGUUUCACCAGCUUAAGAUCCGGCCGGAGGACAGGCAGGCCCAAAUGUUCGUGUACCAGAACGAAAUCUACGUGAUGGACUGUGCGAUAUUCGGCGCUAGCUGCUCUCCUAGCAUGGCGUUGUACGUAAAGGACAAAAAUGCUCGAGAUUUCGCCGACCAGUUCCCCGAAGCAUACGAAGCGAUCGUCCACAAACACUACGUGGACGAUUACUUUGAUAGCACUGACACCGUUGAAAAGGCAGUCCAGAGAGCGAGUGAGGUAAGAUUUGUGCAUUCUAAAGGGGGCUUCGAAAUCAAGAGUUGGGUAUCCAACUCCCCCAUUUUCCUGGAGCGCAUGGGGGAAACGGAAAACAAGGAGGCAAUUCACAUUGAUUCGGCCAACCCCGAACGAGUCUUGGGUAUAGUUUGGGACACAAGAGACGACGUUUUCACGUUCACAACGAAGAUGCGUGACUCGUUGUUACCGUAUUUAUACGACGAACAGGUGCCUACAAAGCGUGUAGUGCUUAGCUGCGUCAUGAGUCUUUUUGACCCUCUAGGACUACUGGCACCGUUCACCUCCUAUGCGAAGGCGCUGAUCCAAAUUCUGUGGCGAAUGGGCUGUGAGUGGGAUCAAGUCAUCGAAGGCGAAGCGCUCGAAAACUGGAAAUUGUGGACGGGUCACUUAGCUGAUGUUGAGGCGGUACAAAUUCCUCGGUACUACUUCGGCGAUGGACGCAAGCGAAAAGGCAUACGGAUGUGUAGGCUAUUUUCGCAUCCUGGCUGGUGGUAUCCCUCGGUGUGCGCUGGUACAGGCGAAAUCAAAGGUCGCUCCGAUCAAACAAGUGCCGAUCCCCGGAUGGAACUGAUGGCAGCCGUCUUGGGAUGUCGUCUGGCAGACACAAUCAAAGAGAAUCACAGCUUGACAGUAACGCAAGUUUUCUAUUGGACGGACUCCCGCACCGUGCAGUCAUGGAUUGUCUCCGACCAACGGAAAUAUAAGUCGUUCGUGGCAUUCCGGAUCGGCGAGAUCAUCAGCCGGUCAUAG